AAAAAAGUAAUGAAAUUAUCGCAAAUAAAUCAAUAUUAUGCCAAUCGAUCGGUGCUUAUAACUGGUGGGACCGGUUUUAUUGGUAAAAUUUUAUGCGAAAAACUCAUCCGAUCGUGUCCUCAGAUAAAAACCGUUUACAUAUUGUUGAGACCGAAACCAAAUCAAACAAUUGGCCAAAGAUUGGACACAGAAAUCAUUGGAUCGGAAAUAUUCAGUCAUAAUAUUACUACUAACUGUCCUAAAAUUUUGGACAAAUUGGUUGCUAUCGGCGGUAAUAUCUGUGAACCAGGACUGGGAUUGUCGACAACCGACAGACAACUACUGAUCAAUGAGGUGUCGGUUGUCUAUCAUUUGGCCGCUUCGGUAAAAUUUAAUGAAUCAUUAGAUAAAUUAAUUGAUCAAAACGUUUGGGGAACUAAUGAAGUGAUGAAAUUGUGCGAUAAAAUGAUAAAACUAGAGGCAGUUAUAUACUUAUCGACAGCUUUCAGCAAUUGUAAUAUGAAAAUAAUUGGCGAAAAUGUUUACAAACUAAAACAUACGGCAGUGGACACAAUGGCCGCAAUCAGGACCGUCGGUCAAACCUAUGGCUACAGUAGCGAUACAUUAGCUAUGAGAGAGCUUAUGGAUGACAGACCCAAUCCGUAUACGUUUAGCAAAGCUAUUGCCGAAAAUCUGGUAACCGAACAGUACUCGCAUUUACCGAUUGUUAUCGUCCGGCCAUCGAUUGUGACCUCUGUUUUAAAAGAGCCGAUUCCCGGUUGGAUUAAUAACUAUAACAAUGGUCCAACAUUUUUUGUCUUAAUGCUAAUGAUGGGUAUUAUACGUAUAUGUGAAUUUUUAGUUGAUGGAAAAACUGAUUUAAUCCCUGUCGACAUACUAGUUAAUGGCUUAAUUGUUACGGCCUGGCAUACGGCUAACUAUCCCAAUGAUAGACAUAUGGUCAUCAAUAUGGCCAGCAGUACAAUAAAUCCGAUAACUAAUCGGCAAUUUUUUGAUUAUCUAAAACCAUCAAUAGUGUCGGUACCAUCUCAUCAAAUGGUUAGACCGGUUGCCGACAUAUUAACGAAACCAAUUGCCAACAAAUUUCAACGACUAUGGUAUCAAUUAUAUCGAUAUUUUUUGAUCAAUGAAUGGACAAUCCAUGCGGAAAAUUAUUAUAAAAUUUAUAGCCGACUGUCCCCUGAAGAUCAACUAACGUAUUAUUCGGAUGUCCGCAAAAUUGAUUGGAAAUCAUAUAUAUGUUGUCUGUAUUUGGGUGUCCGUCGAUAUCAGCUCCGGGAGGACGACUCGAAUAUAGACAGUGCCCGCAAACUAGCCAUAAUUAAAUCAAUAAUAAUUUUGUCGGGAAGUGCCAACUCCUCCGAYGGYAACAAUUGUGUCGGCAAUCGUACCGUACGCGAGGUUUCCGCUUCUUCGUACACUUGUUUCUGGCCAACAGGUUUCCAAUCCGACGGGACUUCGGGUGUAUCCGACAAAUAUACAUACGACUCGAGUUGA